AUGCUUGAGUUCAUUUGCCCUGGCGCAUCCUGGGCAGUCAACUCCACACAUAUCAUGUUGCUCCUUGAUAUGAGCAGGCAUGUUGUGCCGGGUCCUGUGAGUAUUGCAACCGCUGUGAAGGCACUUGAUAAUGUCAUUCUUCCUGCUUCUGCCGCCUCUGCCAUUGACACCUCUGUUGCCACUCUGGUUGCCCUUGCUACUGCUGUUAUCGUUGUUAUUGCUGCUGCUGUUGCUGUAGUUGUUGCUGCUGCUGCUUCCAGGAAGCCAGAAAGUAGGACGAUCUGGUUGAGCUGUGAGCAAGUUGACUGCACUACUAGACUGUUGAGAGGACUGCACAACAACAUCACCAUCAUCAUGGUCAUCACAGCAGAUAACUUCAGAAGCAACAUUGACCGCAGACAACAAUGCAUAGAGGCCUGA